AUGUCACUUUUCCAAUCUAUCGAGACCCCUGCGGUCACAUACGAGCAGCCCUUGGGUCUAUUCAUCAACAAUGAGUUUGUCAGAGGUGUGGAAGGGAAAACCUUCGAGACAAUCAAUCCGCACAACGAGAAGCCCAUCGUGGCCGUGCACGAGGGCACAGCAAAGGAAGUCGAUAUUGCUGUGAAAGUCGCUCGCAGUGCACUGAAUGGAGAGUGGAAAGAAGUCACUCCUUCCGAACGAGGUCGUCUUCUUACUCGGCUAGCAGACUUCCUGGAACGCGACAUCGAGACUUUGGCCGCAAUUGAAGCCCUUGACAAUGGCAAGGGAGUGACAAUGGCCAAAGGCGAUGUUAACGCCUCUGCCGGGUGCCUACGCUACUAUGGUGGCUGGGCUGACAAAAUUUACGGUCAAACGAUAGAAACUGAUAUCAAUAGUCUGACCUACACGCGCCACGAACCGGUAGGCGUCUGCGGCCAGAUUAUUCCGUGGAAUUUCCCGCUCUUGAUGUUUGCAUGGAAGAUUGGCCCUGCUUUAGCUACAGGAAACACAAUCGUUAUGAAAACAGCCGAACAGACGCCCCUUUCGGCGCUCUAUGUGGCUAAACUCAUCAAAGAAGCCGGGUUCCCUCCUGGAGUGGUCAAUGUCAUCUCAGGAUUCGGAAGAACUGCAGGCGCGGCGAUUGCUGCUCAUAUGGAUAUUGACAAGGUCGCUUUUACGGGGUCUACUCUGGUCGGACGCCAAAUCAUGAAAUCGGCGGCUGAUAGCAACUUAAAGAAAGUGACUCUCGAAUUGGGUGGCAAGUCGCCGAAUAUCAUUCUCCCAGAUGCCAACCUGGAUGAAGCAAUUGAAUGGGUCAAUCUGGGAAUUUUCUUCAAUCAUGGCCAAUGCUGUUGUGCAGGCUCUCGCAUUCUCGUCCACGAAGCCGUGUAUGAAAGGUUCCUCGAGCUUUUCAAGAAGCGAGCGGAGCAAAACAAGGUCGGAGACCCGUUCAGCACUGAGACUUUCCAGGGACCGCAAGUAUCACAGAUCCAAUACGAUCGGAUUAUGGGAUAUAUUCAGGAUGGGAAGGGUGCAGGCGCCAAGGUGAUCACUGGUGGCGAUCGGCAUGGCAGCGAAGGUUACUAUAUUCAACCCACGAUUUUUGCUGAUGUCACUGAGGACAUGACGAUUGUGAGGGAAGAGAUAUUUGGACCUGUGUGCACGGUGCAAAAGGUUCACAGCGAAGAGGAGGCUAUUCGAGUCGCCAAUGAUACAAACUACGGAUUGGCUGCAGCUGUUCACACCACGAACAUCAACACCGCCAUCAGAGUAUCCAACGCGAUCAAAGCAGGUACCGUGUGGGUCAACAAUUACAACACCCUUCACUACCAAAUGCCUUUUGGUGGUUUCAAAGAAUCGGGAAUAGGCCGAGAGCUUGGAUCAUACGCACUGGAAAACUACACUGAGGUUAAGACCGUUCGUGUGCACCUUUCUCGGCCGUAA